AUGAAAACGUUUCCCGUGACGUCAUUAUUCCCAAACGCCACCAGUCUGAGACACUCCGACAGUUCCGCCUUCGACAGGAUUCCGUGUUGUUUUCAUCCUUUCAACCCAGCGCUCCACGGCAUUUCAGAAAGACUACCAACACCUUACAACUUCCCUCCUUUUUUCCCGUCACCCACAGUUCAGCCCUACCCAGGCUUUCCGGAUCCCACUUCAUUUCGUCCGAGCAGGCUUUCAUUCCCGGUUUGUUCCACGUUGUUGGCAAUGCCACCCAUGCCAUCGAUGCCAAAACCAACAGAAGAAGAAACAAGGGGUAUUCACGAAAAUCUCUGGACAAAUGUGGACCCCAGAAUUCCGUUCACGACCUAUUUUCUUAAUUUAACCAAACUACUGAGAGAGUCGCAGAAGAAGGGAGAUAACCAGAGACCCGAAGGAGAAACCUUCAACAAAUCGUUCAGUUCAGAUGGCUCGGAUUCCAAUCACGACGUGGUUGCCAAUAGCAACACCAUUUGCAGUCAAACGAGUGAGGACCUUAAUAGGUCAGAUGUCGGCAGCGAGUAUAAAACAGAUUUCAAAAUAAAAACAACUGCAGCGCCAUUACCGGAAAUGACGACAGCUGUAAAUCUCGAAAGACCAAGGCCGCCUGUUGAUUACAGUAAACUAUUCACGCCGCAUGUUAUGGCGGGAAAUUUGAAUACGGCGCUAUUUCAUCCUGCGUUUUUGCAAAUGAGCGGUUUGAAUUUGCGUCGACCAACCAUAUCUUCGGACAAACCAGCGCCGAUUAAAAAGUACAAAUGUGAUAUCUGCGGAAAGGGAUUCUCGAGAAGUAACACACUGGUGACACAUAAGCGCAUUCACACCGGAGACAAACCUUUCAAAUGCGAGGUGUGUGACAGAGCCUUUAGACAGCCGGGCAACCUGACGCGCCACCGCCUCACCCACACGACCGUCAAGCCGUACGUGUGCGUCACGUGCUCCAAGGCCUUCAACCGAGCCUCGAACCUGCACACGCACAUGCGCACUCACACCAACUACAAACCCUUCGUGUGCACGUACUGCGGGAAGGGCUUUCAUCAGAAGAUAGACAUGAAGAUACAUUGCUAUACUCAUACAGGUGAGCGGCCUCACACGUGCGAUCUCUGCGGUAAAGGAUUCACUCUCGCCAGUACGUUAAACACUCACAGACGAACUCACGCUUCCAGAAACCACACGAUCGGUAACCAGGACGAGGCGGAACUCGCGGACGAGGCGCCCGACAAUAAGCCUCGAACGGACGACAGGGGAGAUAACUUUACCAUUACGUCAAACAGACGUUCGACACAACACUCGUACUGUUGA